GAUGUAAAAUGUCACCUAGAGAACAGGCGUAUAGGGAGAGGGCUGUAGCCCCGGCUCCAUCUAGCUCCAGGCGACGUCGUAUUCCUGAAGGGUUUACCUAUAUCUCCUCGUGUGUCAAGUAUACGAUGUUCUUUUUCAACUUCCUCUUCUGGAUGUGCGGACUUCUUCUCAUAGCGGUUGGAAUCUACGCAACCUUGGAUAAAUGGUCGAACGGUGAGGUGUUCAACUUGAAAACAAUCUACGACGUCAUGUUCAAUAUUGGUUUUCUUUUCAUCAUAAUUGGCGGUGUAGUUUGUAUUGUGAGUUUUGCUGGGUGUAUCGGAUCCUUGAGAGAGAAUAUGUUUCUUCUAAAGUUCUACUCAUUCUGCUUACUCAUAUUCUUUCUGGCUGAGAUGACCCUCAUGGCUCUUGCCUUCAUCUAUCCGCAUAAACUUACAGAGUUUCUUGAAAAUGAGCUCUCCGAGAAGUUGAUUGCGAGCUACAGGGACGAUUUGGAUUUCCAGAACCUUAUUGACCUGGUUCAGCAGGAUUUUGAAUGCUGUGGUAUAUCAAGUAAUGGAUACAGGGAUUGGAGUAAAAAUGAAUACUUUAACUGCACAACUAAAGAAGACAACCCUAGUGUAGAGAGAUGUGGUGUACCCUAUUCCUGCUGUCACAAGGAACCUAACGAUGUGCUGGUCAACUUUAUGUGUGGAUUCGAGGUUCAAGAGAUGAAGGAAGUAGAAGAUGUUGUUCGGAAAAUUAACACUGAGGGAUGUAUUCCUGCAAUACAGGCGCUUAUUGAGGGAAACCUCUAUCCGGUCGGAGGAAUAGCUAUAGGGAUAGCGCUUAGUCAGUUGUUCGUGAUUUGGCUGUCUCGAACUCUGGAGGGUCAAAUAGAGUCCCAGAAAUCCUUGUGGACUAUUCAGUAACGAUAAUGUUUUGUGUACUGUCUACUGUGUACUGUACACUGUAUAUUGUACACCGUACAAUACGGCACUUCAGCAAAGCACUCUUAAAUCAGAAUGGGAAAUGAGUUUCGUACAAAUCAUAAUCUUUCCAAAUGCACAAUAACUUCCUCAUCUACAUUAUACAGAUAUUGCUGUACAUAAAUAUUGGAACCAUGAUAUACAGGGUACACCAAACUAAAUUCAAUGAUAUUCUUCCAUUCAUUAAAGGGACU